AACAUUUUAUCCAUCACUUGAUUCAGUUGUGUUUUGCAUAAAAAGAGAAGUUUAAGCAGUUGAUAAGAAUGGCUUCCAAGGCUUUAGUUCUGUUUGGUCUAUUUGCAGUUCUUCUCGUCGUCACAGAAGUUGCCGCUGCAUCCGGUACAGUGAAGUCAGAGAGUGGGGAAACCGUGCAACCUGAUCAAUAUAAUGGCGGUCACGGCGGCAAUGGAGGCUACAACGGAGGAGGAGGUUACAACGGAGGAGGAGGUCACAACGGAGGAGGUUACAACGGAGGAGGAGGAUACAAUGGAGGAGGACACGGAGGAAGACAUGGUUACUGUCGCUAUGGCUGUUGCUACAGAGGUUACCAUGGCUGUUCAAGGUGUUGUUCGUAUGCUGGAGAAGCUGUUCAGACUCAGCCUGGUCACUAAAUUAAACAAUAUAAUAAGUUGACCACCAUGCAUGAUUGUACCUAGAUAUACACUUACGUGUAUAUGACUAUAGGUUAAUUAAUUAUGGUGCGUUUGUAAUGAAGUGCCUUAUAAGUAAUGGGAAUAAAGUUUCAUGUAAUGUCUGUGUUUAAGUUGUGAUCUGAGAUGUUUGCAUAAUAAAAUCUUGUUUGUUGUUUACACUAUUAUCUUAAGUUUUUGUGUAA